AUUACUCCUUUGUUGAGUUGACAACACCGCAGAAAACAAAAAUGGUGGUUUAUGCAAGCGUCAUGUAAAAAAGAGAGUAAAUUUCUCUUUGGUUUGUUUUGUUGUGAUUUAUUUAUAGGACACUCUAUGUUACAAAGAUGGCAAAUCGUAAGCGAGGAACAUUUGCAUUACCAGAUGAAUUGAAAACCGACGAGAAAUUGUCAACUAAAAAGGAGUUAGCUCAACGUAAAAUACCUCCAUGCCCACCGGUGCCUAAUAAAAUCUUUAGAAAAAGUAUUCUUGCUUCCAAUGGAGCUUUUGAUAAACCUAAGGCUAUAUACUUCAACAACACAGUUGAAUUAAGUCCAAACUACAAUCCAAACCUAGAUGCGACAUACUUUGAACAAAUAUACCCUUGUCACUCUCUAAUUGGAGAAGGCAGUUUUGGUAAAGUUUAUAGAGCAGAAGGGGCCUAUGAUAAACAACAAUAUGCUAUAAAAAGACUGAAACCCAUGAUUAGUUUUCAUGACAGAUAUGCUGAAAUUAAAAAUAACGAAAAAGUUGGUGUUCACCCAAACUGUGUUCAAUUUUAUAUGGCAUGGGAGGAAGGUUGUGAAGUGUUUAUGUUGUUAGAAGCUUGUCAACUUAGUCUAUCUGACUAUGCAGCAAGGAAUAGUGAUAUUCAGGAAGAUUUAUUAUGGGACGUGCUUUAUGAUAUGUGCCAAGCAUUAAAAUAUUUACAUGGAAAAGAUUUGUUGCACUUAGAUGUUAAACCAGGGAAUAUUAUGAUGAAAAAUGGGCAUUACAAACUUGCCGAUUUUGGAAUACUGGUUGAUUUGAAUUUAGCACCUAAAGGAAUUAAAUCUACAUUGUCAGAUGGUGAUUCGAAAUAUUUAGCAUUAGAAGUUCUUGAAGGUAUAUACACGCCUGCCUGUGAUAUUUUUGGACUAGGAUUAAGUCUUAUGGAAUUAUCAGCUGACUUAGAACUACCCAGUUAUGGUCCUUUGUGGCAACAGCUUCGCCAUGAAAUCUUACCUCAGUCAUUUUAUGACAGGGUCUCUCUUGGAUUUAAAGUGAUUAUUGAGCGCAUGUUGAAACCUGAAUAUGAGAAAAGGCCAUCAGCUGAAAAAAUACUGAAAUUCAAUACCAUGAAGACAAUUCAGAAACGGGACAAAAAGAAACCCCGUAAUAAUUAUGUGACGGACUUUGUGAAUCAAGAUGGUGAAGCUGACUUACUGGGAACAGAUAAUGAGAACAAUAAUUUGGAAACACCUCGAUGUCAGUAUCAUGUAAUGAAUUAUGAACCCUAUGGACUUAGAUUAUCAUCUGAAGGUCCCCCCCGUUUCAACCUUAGUCCUAAGAUUUUAUUCUCUGAUGAAAAUCUUUGUGGAAAAACCAAUUCUCCACUUUCCGCAGAAGAAUUUUUCUCUUCUGCAAGAGAAUCCAGCUUAAAUUCUUCUGAAAACAGCAUGUUAGCUGUUACACUAAACCAAACAGAUGCUGUUCCUAUGGAAACAGAUGGUGAUGCUGAAGGUGAAAAGAAUUUGGUUGAUUCAGAACUAAUGUUUUCAGGUGACGAAGAGGAAAUAAUAACUUCGACUCCUAUAACCCGUAGUAGACUCAGCCGAAAGAUACUAACUUUUGAUUAAUAUUUUUUUUUCACUAGUAUUUUCUUGUGCCUAAGCUUGACACUGAUAUAGGUGGAAACAGUCAAUAUUAAAAAUGACAUUAAAUAGGAACCAACUAAUUUUAAAAAUGGUAAUAUUUACUUUUAUACAUAACUUCAACUUUUAAAUUAACAAUUACAGAUAUGGAGAAUAAUAUGUGCUCAAUGGUUUCUGAUAUUUAAUGAAUUAAAUAAUUCUCAGAUCCUUUCACACAAUUUGCUUGGUAACAAUAAGUACCAAAACUAAAAGUAUAAUAAUAUAAAAAAAGUAAAGUAAUAAAAUCAAAGGAGAUCUUAAUUAGAAAUAAAUCAUGAAGUUAUUCUAUACUUGUAUAAACUUUUCUUCAAAAGAAACACAAAUUUUUCAGUUAAAUUAUUAAUUUAACCAGCCUUACAAUAGGGUACAUGCAUUUUUUUAAAAGUAUUAAUUUUUUGUUUAUUUUAUAAGUUCUUGAUAUGAAAUAAUGUCAGAAAGUAAAAUUUUUAAUUAAAAGUGAAAAAUUAAUAUCUAAAUAUUUAAUUGAAAAUUGCAAAAAUUUCAAAUUUUUAACAACGUAAGAAAACGAUUCUCAUUGGUUUUCAAUUGUGACGUCAUAUGUUUAAUAAAAACAUUGAGCAGUUGUCUGCUUGAUGAUCACGAGGUUAUCAUUACCGGCAACGUAGCGUGUGCUGUUAUAGAACAGUUUCUAUUUACAGUUACGUAUAAAUAAAACAUUUUUUUAUGUAUAAGAAUAAAGUGAAUAAAUGUUUUAUAUGUUAAAUUCUUACAUUAUUAGAUAAUGACGUUAAAAAUUAAAAGUAUAAUAAACUUUAUUACUAUAUAAUAUUAAAAUAAGUUAAAUUUGAAUGUUACUUAAAUUAAAAUGAUCUUGUCAAGAAAAAUAGUUAUAUCUCUCAUGAUCAUCAAAACGACCAACACUUUCAAACCAUUUUUGUUGUAGUAUAUUUGAAUUUCUUGGCAUCAUAAAAAAACUUUAGCAGGUGUUUUGUCGUGGUAUUUUUACAUCCUAGCACAAAAGUCGAAUUAUAUACCAUUUUUCAGAUUAAUUAAGUUAACGCUUAUUUUAGAAUGAGUGAGAGAAUUUACUUUGUAUCAUAUGUUCAAUGUUUAUUUUAUACCUAUGACGUCACGCAAAAUGGCGACCUUACUGAAAUAUUUAAACUACCUUUAAAAUUUUUGAAUUUUUAAUAAUUUUUCACUCUAUCAAAUCAAACUUGAUCAAAGAAUAAAAAAAAUAAAAGUUGUAUAUAAACUAUCGAAAAUAAUUUUUUUCUCAAACCAUGCAAGUACCCUGUUUAUUUUACACAUAGUACAGUUACUAAAAAUUACAUUGUUCUUUCUUCCAGAAAGAUAUCAAUAGAAAUUUUAUCAAACAGCAGUUAAAAUCAGACACCUUUUGUUUUCCAAUUAAUAUAAAAAUUAAUAUUUGUUAUCAAAUUAGUUGGUCUACCAAUGUUUAGAAUAAAUAUAGCUAGUCGUGGAGAUAUAGUCAUUUUUUUUUAAAUAUUUUGAUAUUAACUUUUUAAAAGUACAAAUAGAACAUUUUAAAAGUUGAUAUCCUAACAAACCACCUAUCAAAUGUUAAUAAGCACAAGUUUAUUCAGUCUUUUUUUUGAUCUCGGACUUCACUGUACAGUUGUUUUGUAUCAGUUGGUCACUUAUAUUUGCAGGAAAGACUGUUUUUGUUUUGUUUUUCUAUUAAUUUAUUUUCUUGAGAUCUAAUAUUUGUUGAGAGAUAUAAUCAAUAUUAGAAAUUUGUUGACGUUUGAGACAAGUUAUUUUUUUUUCUGUAUUUUUAAUAGUUAGUAGGAUCGGUUAUGUUCCAUUGGCUAACAGUUGAAUAUUUGUGUUAAAAACAAAAUAAGUAUUAAUACUAAACAAGGUAUUAAUUUAAAUUUUCCACAUUAAAACGAAAGUAACACAUGUAAAAUUUUAAACCUAUAAGACAGCUCUUUGCAGAAUGGGAAUAUAUUGAUGAUACAAUUACUUUGAAUAAAAAAUUCAAAAUUAUAGUAAAUGCAAAUUCAACAGUAUUAUUUGUAAAUUACUAAAUAUUUCAACUUUUGUUUUUUUUUUUCAAAUGAACAUAUAAUUGUAAUCACCAGAUUUUGCUACAUCCAGUCUUAAGCUGAAAAUUUUCCAUUUGUGUAUGCAGUUGUACAUUUUUGAUACUAUUAUAUCACAUUUUGUUCUCCACCACUAUUAUUGUCAUUUUACUAUUUUUCUUGAAAGAUCCCUCAAGUAAACAUAAUAUGUCAUUUUUUUCUCUAUUACGAAGAAAUUAAGGUAUUUUGCAAUCAAAUUAUGAUAAUCAUACAUUUCUAUAGUUCGUCUUCCGAAUGUCCCACUGUUUUCAUACUAGAAUUAAUUCUUCAUGUUACUAUAGUCCUUAUCAAUUCUCGUUUAUUUCCUAAUAUUGUUUAUUAGACAGACUAAUGCAUUUAUGGAUAAUUGAGACCAUAAUUUUACCACUUCCAAGUUUAUGCUCCUAUAUUUCGAUCUCUCAAAAACCAAAAAAAGUUAAUUUUUGAAGACAAUAUGAUAAUAGAAAUAAGUUUUACCAUGGUUUCUUGAUAUACGCCAAUGGAACGUGAGUUUACUUGCGGAAAAUUUUACUAUUUGGUUUGUGAUUGGAAAUUCACAGUUACCAAAGAACUAUUGUCACUAACAAAGUUUUGUUAACUUAGUAAAAUUCACUUUGUUUGUAAGUUGCUUCCAAUAUGUCUUCCAAAGUAAAAUAAAUUCCUUGAGAAUAUCGAAAUAACAAUGUUUGUCACACCUUUAAUAUUGUUUCAUAAUCUAUUGUAUAGAAGGUUAAAUAAGCUUAAGACAAUGUAUUUUUGUUAAGAUUGUUAAUUUGAAUAUAUGUGCGUUUGUUUGAAAUAAAUAGAAAAUGUUAUGUUGUUUAGUUUUAGUAUUACACAUCUGUUCACGGGAAUUAUCGUCAGUUAUUUUGCAGAAUUUACAUACAUUUUUCUGUAUACUUAAAACAAGUUCAUUGUUUAUUACGUUUUGGAGGUAAUUUAUUCAUCUACCUGCACGCAAUUUUUUUGCUCAACAGUUUUAAAUAUAAGUGUUCCAAAUAGAUGUAUGUACAAUCUAAAAUCAAGAAGCACAUAGGAAUGUCAAGAAUCUUCCACUCUUUCAUUUGAAACACUAGAAUAUGUCUGCAGUGUCAGAAGAAAAGUAAAAUAUCAAAGUUGCCUCCUCAAAUAAGAAGAGGACAUUCCAAUAUUAAGCUGUUAAAUUCCUGACUGGAUAUUACCUCAUUAGGUAAGAGGUUUAUCAAAAGACAUCUUUCAUUUCUGAGAUUGUGGCUGAAGUAGUCCAAGAUUACCAUUCAAAAGAAGUUCUUUGAUACUAGCAUAUUUUCUUAACAUACAUAAGGAUAUUUACCUGGCCCAGAAAACUAAGUACUGAACACAUUACUACGUUUGAAAAACCAAAUUAUCAUCUUCAAUUUACCUUCGGUGUUUGAAGAAGAUAGUUUGGUUAUCUAAACAUGUGUCAAUCAGAGAGUGAAUAUCACGUAAGUUUCAAGAAAUUCUCAGUUAUCAACAAGUAAUUAUUUAAGACCACCAGAUUAACGCCUCUUCCACGAUGCUUCUGAAGUAUAAUAGGCACUACUUUGUUAAGCAUUUGAUUGUGACCAAAAAUCGAUCAAAACACAUUUCUUUUUUGGGUGUAUAUUAUCCAAUAAACACUUUAUUAUAUUUAUAAUAAACAGUUUUUUAUUUCUAAAAACAAGUAAUAUUUUUCUCCAAAUCUUGAUAAAUACUUUUAAGUUUCUUUUGAUUACAUUACAAAACUAGCACAUAUGUAUGUAAAUAUCUGCAAGACAUGUUUGGUUUUCGACAGUUUUUCAACUUGUUUCAUGCACAAAUUCAUUUUUGUUAGAAAAUUUAUUGAAUGUUUUCUUGAAAAAAACUGUAUUAUACUUAUGAUUGAAAGUUUGUUAAUUAUAUGAUUCAUGUCACUAUGAACACAGCUAGAUCAACAAAGUGCUUCCAUUUAUUUUAGUCCUUAGUGAUAUAGUUGAAAUCAAUUGUUCGUAAAUUACGCAAAAUAGUUCCAAGAUAUUUUAAAUUGUGAUACUUAUAUUUCUAAUGUCAGCUCGUUCACAACGUCAGUCAUUCGCCUUUCCAUUAGGGUUUUUAGGUAGGUACGUACCAUUUAAAAAUACUCAAGUUUAGCUGGAAGAAAUUAGCAAAACAAAAUGAAGUUAGUUUUCUACUGAAAGUUGCUUCUCUCCUACAUAAAAAGUUUUUUCCAAGGUUCAUGAAAUUAUAUGUGCAAUAAUAACGGAUUUCAAAUUAUACAGUCUAAAAAUGAAUUGUAAAUUUAUUAUUUAUCCUGUGUUCAUAGUAAAGUGAAAGCCAAUGUGUGCAUAGAUUAUUAUUCAUACGUAUCACACUCUUGAGAAAUAGACAGUUUUUAAUAAUUUAAUGAUCACUCAUAAGUUGUCUUUGAAACAAUUUUGUACAAGCGUAUUAAAUAAACCACUUUAAUUUGAACUAAAAUUUCAUAUGAUAUCAAUCAACAUUAUAGUUGGUUCCACAUAUUGUUUUCAUAUCUACUAAGUUUCUUCAUACAUAUUGGCCUAACCAAUCGAUUGGUUUUAUUUCAUUCAACCAAUAAAUUAGAAUUUGCUAUCCAAUUCAUAAAGUCAAACUAUGACAUGUAUCAAUUUCUGAUUGAAUCAUAAAAUGGUAUUAUUAUCUGGAAAUAAUCAAUUUGGUAAACAGUUAAAUUGAAAAGCUUUGUUGUUCCCAUUUUGUUUUACAUUAACGUUAGGAAAAAAUUUUAAUAUCCCAAGUAUAAACAAAAAUACAAAUCAUUUAGUUAUUCUAUUCUUUUAGAUAGUAAUUAUAGUUAUUUUUAAUUAACCCUUCCUCAGUUACUUGAAAGCCCUAAUUAUUAGUUAAUUUUUUGGAAUACUUCAGGGCAAAACUCUUCUAUCACCUAUUGGAAAAUUUGUGGAGAGCUUGUGUCCGUUUUCAGAAAUUUAAUUUUGUCGAAAUAAACAAAAUUCUAGAUAGUGCAUUACUGGUCAAAUUUAAAAUUUAAUUUUUCGAAUCACCUGAAAAUAUUUACAGUCUCAUUCAAGGUGAGAUAAUUUGAAAUCUUUUCCUCUUCUGUCUGUUAUUUAUUGUUGGAUUCUAGUUUUAUUUUGUUUCUGUGUAAAUAUGAAACCAGUAGUAGUUGGGUGUUUUUACUAUUUGGUAUUGUAAAAACUCCACUUUAUAUAUUUAUACUUAAAAUAUACUAAACAUAAUGAUAAAAUAAAUGGUCCAAGAUCGUUGAUAUUUGAUUAUUUCCAUUGUAUGUAUCACAUGAAAUGUCAGCUUACAUUAAAUUUAUCAAUGAAUGUACAGUUUUGAUGCUUCAAUCAAAUUGGCACACCCUCAAUAUUUUUUAUAAUAUUCCCAACGCAUUCUUUGUUAAUUAAUGAGUAGAAAAUUUUGUUGGCAAUUUUAUUCAUGUUUAUUUGUGAUUAUUUCAGAAAUUUGCUUUUGCGGGUAGUUUUUAGUGAGAUUUAUUAUUCAAAAUAAAAAAUAAUUUUGAAAUAGUUAUAAGUAGAAAUCUUAUUGCUUAUUAAUUCUAGUGUUAUCAUUAUGUGUUAAAUAUCAAAAAUAUUUUGUUAAAUUACUAAAACUGAAAUCUCAAUUAUUGACACUGUAAAAUAAUAUAUUGAUAGAUUUCUAUGUUUAAAAAUCUAAUAAUACAAUUUACCUUUUAUAGAAGUGGCAAGUCAUUCUUUUGGAACAAUAGUAAGCUUUCAAAAUAUAGUUCAGUACUUACGCCUGGGUAAAAUAUUUUUUGAAACAUAGAAAUAUUAAUGUAAAAAUCCAAUCUAUCAGUGUAAAUUUCAGUUAUUAUUCCAUAAAGUUGCCCAGAUCACCAGAUUUAUCUUCUAACGAUUCUUUCAUAUUUACAAAACAUCCUUUAAAAUUUCUUUAAGAGAAUCACAAAUGUUAACGAAUUAAAGCUUAGCUCAAUUAUAAUUGAGGAAUUAUUAAAUUUCAUGUUUAUAUUUUUAGAAUUAAUUUAUUUCAAAACAUCAUGGCACACAACUAUAAUUUAAAUUACUUGUGACAUAUUUUAUCAAAAAUAAACUUUAAUUCAAUAAAUUAUCGUUUUAAAAUUUUUUUUGUGGACUCAAUCUACACCUCAGCUCUAGUUUUAAUAUAACUAAGUUCGAUGCUAACAAAAUCACAGCAAAGUAGGGUACUCAGAGUGGAGUGAAAAUCUAGUAGAACAGUCGAGUUUACAUUGGUAGAUUUGAUUGUACAAAAAUAACCUAGUGCCCCCUCAGUUUUUUAAUAAAUUUAAAAAAAUAGAACACUCAAAAUUUCAUAUUAUUGUAUAAUGUCAAUAAUUGAAAAUAAAACUAUUAAUCGUUAAUGUAUUGAUUUAGUGUAUUUAAUAUUUUAGCAAGUUAUACUCAAAUAUAAUACCAAAUUGCACAGUCCAACUACAGUAAUGAUAACCAAAAUGGAACUAUUGUUAGUAACUGAAAAUGAAGAAUUCUUUUUAUCCAAUAAAAAAGAUAUGUAAAUAGAUUAUCAAAAAUAAGACCAAGUUGAAAAAUAUUUGCAGCAGUUGGUUUCCUAUAGUCAAGCUGAUUUAUAUAUGCUAUUCGAUAAUUUUCUAUUUUUAUAGAAAAAGGUUGUUUGGCUUUGGUCACCACUACCCAGAUGGAUGUUAAUCACCAGAUCCGAAUUUUCAUCAUUUUCAUUCCAAAAGGUAUAUAUAAUUUCUUACUGGUUUUCUAUCAACGUUAUGUAUAAAAUUGUUCCCAAUUAUAUCAUAACAAAGAAAUUCGUUUAAUUAAUAAAUUAUCUUAAUAAAAAAUAACCAAACAUAUGCAUAUAGGCUUAAAGUUUAGUCUACUGGAGAAAUCAAAAACGAGAAACUUUUUUGACUAAGAAAAAUAAAAUAACAACUUCAUUUCAAUUUAUCUUUAAUUGAGUAUACCAUUCCAGAUAAUAUUGAGAACAUUAAAAAAGAACAGUCCUGUUCGAAUACGAUUUAUAUCUUUGAUGAUUUUUACUCACAAAGGGCAACUUAACAUGGUGCAAGAUAUUGCAAUUAAUUGCUAGAAAUGUCAACAUAUGGCAUAUGAUGAAUCUUGCACGUUAUUGGGACAUUAUGCAAUUAUCUUACCAUUGCAUCUUGGCUGCCACUAACUAACCAAAACUAACUAUUGUAUCAUCCAUGAGGUCGAUAACGCUCCAAAAUUAACGUGACAAAUAUCUAAACAAAUAAAUAAGAAAAUUCUACAACACUCCACCUUUGUAAGAUAAAGACAUGUACAUACAGGGUGUUCAGAAACUCCUUUGUGGUAAGCAAAUGACAAAUGUUAUUUUAUGACCAACUAACCGAAAUUACCUUUAUCCCUUUAAAGACGAAGCUAGCAAUUCAGUUUUUUUAAUAAAUCCCAAAAAAGUAGCUACCUACAAAUUUCAAGCUUGGUCUAUAGUAAACAAAUUUUCACUUCAGGCUUAUACAAUUUAUCAACUUUGUAGGUAGAUAUACGUGAAAAACUGAUUUGACAGCGUAAUUUUCAACGGGCGCUAGCUCGCUUCGGACGAACUUAGAUAAAUGUAAAUUAUGUUAGAUGGACAUAAAAUCAUAUAAUUUACGUUUGGCAGGAAAUAAUUGGGAAAUUAUCAAGAGAAGAUAUAACUAAUCAUAUUAAAGUUGCAUUGCUUAAUAAUAAAAUUAUUAAAUUGUCGUCAAAACUUCUGCAUGUUCAUAGUGAUGAUCUAUGGAUUCAAAAUAUACUAUAAAAGUUGUGGGAGCAGCAUUACUUUUUUAUAAUCUACAAAAUUUACGAAAACAGACCCAAGUAUCACGAGAACCCAUGUCUGCAUUGGGGUCUGUGGAUUUUGUCUGUAGCAACUGCAAUAUCCGGUGCUUGUAUGUUCCUUUACAUUGUGAUAUGUAUUCUAUAUGAAUGUUACAUAGUAACGUUUUUAAUGGGUGAUCUGGGCUUAGUCUUACUUAAUGUGUAAUGCAGUAUAGGGUGAUCCUGUAAUGCAAUCCCAAUAUAUUAUUUUCAUCUACCAAAUCAUAUUACGACCUGUUAGUUAAUCAAUAUUUUUUAAAUAUUUUAAAUAAUUUUACCAUAACUGAAUAUCUAUUUUUAGGUCCUUCCAUUAAUAUUCAAUACUGAUAAUAACAUAAUUUAAUAGAAAAAAUAUUGGGUUACAAAUUCAUUGCUAAACAUCCAAUAAAUUUAGGAUUUUGUUACAGAAUAUGGCCAAUUACUGUAUUAGCUACUAAUGAUUUGUGCACAUUUUGAAUUUUAAGACAAAGUUAAAAUACAAAUCACGCAAAGAAGAAUUUUUAUGUUUAUUUAUGUAAAUGAAUCAUAUUUAAUACUUUCAUAUAUUUCGAGUUAUUUUCUUGUUUUAGAUGUGAAAAAAUGUCAGUUAAAUUCAAAAUAUGUUUUAUUUUAGCUGCUGAUAUAAUUCACCCUUUUGUAAUAUUUUAAUUCAAUAACCACCAAAAUACAUACAGUGAUCCAGAAUUAUGUAUCCUAAUCACUCCUAAAAUAUGGAAGCUAUUUUAUCAAAUAUUUUAAAUUCAUGUUAUAAAGAAGUAUUCUCAAUUUAGAAAUUAUUGUACAUAAUUCUGGGCCAACUUAUAGAUAUUAUACACUGCCAAUAUAACAAUUUCUGCAGCUAUACACUAACGAUAUAACUAUGUUUUCAUAAAAUGUCUAUUACCAGUAUUCAUUAUUAGAAAGCAGCAUAAUUUACCUCUUUUGUCAAAUGUAUAAGACAGUAUUGGCACUCAUUUAAGAAAUACCUGUUUAUUUUCUUAGAUCACGGUGGUUCAUGUGAUUUUAGUCUAAUAGUAGUUUUAGUUUUAACACCUAUUUAUGAAAGAAUAUUUUAUACUUUUAUUUUAAUCAUUUUUGUUAAUAAAUUGUUUCUUUACUUUAA